AUGAUGCAGCAGCUGACGGGGAUCAACUUUAUAUUCUACUUUGGCGUGACGUUCUUUCAGCAACUGGGCGCUGUCGACAAUCCCUUUCUCAUCGCGCUCAUCUUCACGCUGGUCAACGUCUGUUCCACGCCCAUCUCCUUUUUCACCAUAGACAGGUUCGGUCGGCGUCCUCUGCUCAUCUACGGCGCCAUCGGGAUGAUCAUCAUCCAAUUCACGAUUGCGUGCAUCGGCACCACGGAGGGCCGGCGCGAUCAAAACAACCUCUUCGCCGUCAGGGCCAUGAUCGCCCUCAUCUGCAUGAACAUAUUCUGCUUCGCCAUUACGUGGGGGCCAACCGCCUGGGUGGUAGUCGGCGAGUCGUUCUCCCUGCCCAUGCGCUCGCGCGGCAUCGGAAUCUCGACGGCGUCAAACUGGUUCUGGAACUGCGUCAUCGCCACGUGCACACCCUUUCUCGUCGGCGGGAACAAGGGCGAGGCGAACCUGGGGCCCAAGAUCUUCUUCAUUCUCGGCUCGACCUGCUGCCUCUCUCUUGCCUUUGCGUACUUUUUGGUGCCCGAGAUGAAGGACUUGUCGCUGGAGCAGAUCGAGAUGAUGAUGGAUGAGUCAUCGCCAAGGUGCUCGCCAGCGUACAGAGUGCUCAAGGGGUUUACCCAGAUGCGUGGCGACAGGGUGUUGCGCCAGAUGCGGUCUGUUUCUGCUGAUUGCGAGAGCAGCAAGUUGACGCCGCGAUCUCAUGUAGUCGAACAAAGUGGUCGCUAA